AUGAACUUUGAACUCAUGAAACGUUCACUUCGAGUUUGGCAUUUGAAACGGAAGAACAGGUUGCUAAGAAUCGAUAUAGACUGUUCAGAUUUUGUUCUGUGUCCUAUUAUUUGCACUCAUGUCAGAUUGGUUGUUGUUAAAUGUUUGCUUACCACUAAUUAUAGAAAAAAAGGCGAUGAUUUUCUGAUCGUUAUUGACGUUUUGAAACUACCCAAUAUCGAUAAUUCCGCAAUAAAUCAUUGUUGCAUUAGCCAAAUCAUAGCCGAUAUAAAGCUGCCGCAUAUAUGCUAUAUCCGUCAAGAAACAUUUUUUGAAUGUUGGAGAAGAGGUUAA